CUCCAUAACUGCCUCCCAUCUCACCACCAAGCUCCAUCUGCAAGCUAAAAAUUCCAGAGGAGAGAGAGCUGGAGAUCCACAUCGCAUUGUGCCCAAAAUCCCCCUGUGCAGAGAAGGAUGGCGGAGAUGUUCACCGUGAAGGUGGAGGAGGCAGCGCCGGCCGCCGGCGGCAGGCCGUCGGCCGGGCCAGUCUACCGGAGCAUCUACGCCAGGGACGGCCUCAUGGAGCUCCCGCAGGACAUCCAGUCCCCUUGGGACUUCUUCAGUGGGGCAGUCAAGAAGUACCCCAAGAAUAGGAUGCUCGGCCGGCGUCAAGUUACAGGUGGCAAGGCCAGUGAAUAUGUGUGGCAAACGUAUGAGGAAGUGCACCAGAAGGUCAUGAGGAUCGGAUCAGCCAUCAGAAGCUUCGGAGUUAAGCCGGGGUCUCACUGUGGCAUAUAUGGAUCCAACUGUCCAGAAUGGGUUAUGGCCAUGCAGGCAUGCAACAGUCAAGGAAUAUGUUAUGUGCCACUGUAUGACACCCUCGGAGCAAAUGCUGUUGAAUUCAUCAUGGACCAUGCUGAGAUAUCCAUUGCCUUUGUCCAGGAGAGCAAGAUCAAAUCAAUAGUAACGGUAGUCCCUAAGUGCACAGCCCACCUUAAAGUCAUUGUUAGUUUUGGAGAUUUUACAAGUGAGAUGAAAAGGGAAGCUGAGGAUUUGGGUGUAUCUUGCUUUUCUUGGGAAGAAUUUUCUUCAAUGGGUAAACAAAACUAUGAGCUUCCCGAGAAACGAAAAGAUGAUAUUUGUACGAUCAUGUAUACCAGUGGAACAACUGGAGAUCCCAAAGGUGUGAUAAUCACAAACAGAGCUAUCAUUGCUGGUGUUAUGACUACAGAACACCUUCUCAAAGAGACAGAUAAAGUGAUCACUGAAGAAGAUUCAUAUUUUUCCUACCUUCCAUUAGCACAUAUAUUUGAUCAAGUAAUUGAGAACUACUGUAUCUCUAAAGGCGCCUCCAUCGGAUUCUGGCAAGGGGACAUUAGGUAUCUGAUGGAGGAUGUACACGUGAUGAAGCCGACAAUAUUUUGUGGUGUUCCUCGUGUUUAUGAUCGUAUAUACACAGGUAUAAACCAGAAAAUUCAGUCUGGAGGGAUGAUAGCCAAACACCUUUUUCAGUAUGCCUACAACUACAAACUUGCCAACAUGAAGAAAGGGAUGAAGCAGCAUGAAGCAUCACCAUUUUUCGACAAGAUAAUUUUCAACAAAAUAAAGGAAGGGCUUGGAGGACGUAUACGUCUCAUGAUAGCAGGAGCAGCACCUUUGCCAGGGCAAAUUGAAGAGUUCAUGCGGGUAACUAGCUGCAGCGUCUUUGUGCAAGGAUAUGGGCUCACUGAGAGUUGUGCCGGAUGCUUCACAUCAAUCGCCAAUGUUUUCUCAAUGAUUGGAACAGUUGGUCCUCCUGUCACGACGAUCGAAGCACGACUGGAGUCCGUCCCUGAAAUGGGCUAUGAUGCUCUGUCAGACACGCCCCGGGGUGAGAUCUGCUUGAGGGGUCAUACCUUGUUCUCCGGGUACUACAAGCGCCCUAGCCUCACUGAAGAAGUGUUUUCAGAUGGCUGGUUCCAUACAGGUGAUAUUGGAGAGUGGCAACCGAAUGGCGCGAUGAAGAUCAUUGAUAGGAAGAAGAACAUCUUCAAGUUGUCCCAGGGAGAGUACGUAGCUGUUGAGGUCGUGGAAAGUGCAUACAUGCAGUCCCCUCUUGUGGCAUCGGUUUGGGUCUAUGGGAACAGCUUUGAGUCAUUCCUUGUUGCCGUUGUUGUCCCUGAGAGGCAAGCUCUCGACGAAUGGGCAGCAGCCAACAACAAGACUAGUGACUUUGCAGAGCUGUGUAAUGAUCCAAAAGCAAAGGGGUACAUUCAGGAUGAGCUCAACAAAACUGGCAAGAAACUCGGGUUGAGAGGCUUUGAGAUGCUGAAGGCAAUUCACCUGGAACCAGUGCCUUUCAGCAUAGAGAAGGAUCUGAUCACUCCAACUUUUAAGCUCAAGAGACCCCAGCUACUCAAAUAUUACAAGGAUCGUAUCGAUCAGAUGUACAAUGAUGCUAAGGAGGGGCGAACUGUGUGACAGUAUUAACAAGUGCCUAUGGCCCUGAACAUUGUGAUUCUACAGAAGCAUGUACAUAUUAAUAAUCACGAUUUUUGAGUUAAAGGCAUGUGCGUUCUAUGGCAUAUGCCAAAAUGUAAGCAGAAAGUGAAUUGGUUAAGAGCUGGUGAUAGUUUACAUGAAUAAAUUUUCUUUCACUCGACACCUCAA